AUGCGAAAAGAGAAAGGUUAUACUUUACUGCUUAUGACCUCAAUGGACCGAGCGGACACAGAGUUGACUGUCCGAACAGCUGCGGCUAUCACACUUAAAAAUGUAGUCAAACGAUGCUGGGAUCAAACCGACAAGUUAUCAGAGGACGAUAGGUCGGCUGUGAAAACACAUAUUGUCGAGCUGAUGUUAAAAUCUCCUCAAAGUAUCACCAAACAGCUUUCGGAAGCAAUCACAAUCAUCGGACGAGUCGAUUUUCAUGAGAAAUGGCUGAAUCUCAUCCCCGAAAUCUGCCAACACAUUCAAUCCGACGACUUUUCCAGAGUGAACGGAUGCCUUCACACUUGCCAUUCACUUUUCAAGCGCUACAGAUACGAGUUCAAGUCUAACGAGCUGUGGAUUGAGAUCAAAUACGUUCUCGACAAUUUUGCCACGCCACUCACAGAGCUCUUCAAACGAGUCCUCACGAUCAUCAACUCUGGCCAGCUCGCAGACGAUAAAGUAAAACUGCUCUACAACACACUCGCCCUUAUCGCCAAGGUCUUCUACUCCCUCAACUACCAGGAUCUUCCAGAGUUUUUCGAAGACAAUAUCGCCGUAUGGAUGGACGGUUUUCACGCACUUCUCACUGCACCAAGCAUCAAAGUCCUCGAAUCAGAUGAUGACGAGCAAGCUGGAGUCCAAGAGCAGCUCAAGGCGCAGAUCUGCGAAAUUGCCUCGAUGUACACUCAAAAAUACGGCGAAGAAUUUGAAAACCAUCUCCCCAAGUUCGUCCAGGCCAUUUGGCAGCUUCUCACGUCGAUUGGUCUUGAAUUGAAAUAUGACCUCCUCGUGUCCAACGCGUUGAGCUUCCUUGGAUCUGUCGCUGAUCAAACUGGCAACAACAAGCUUUUCUCUGAAGGCGAAGCGCUCAAGACCAUUUGCGAGCAGGUCAUCAUGCCCAAUGUUGGCUUCCGUCAGCAGGAUCAGGAACUUUUUGAAGACAAUCCAGAAGAAUGGAUUCGCCGAGAUCUCGAAGGCUCUGACCAGGCUACCAGACGACGAGCAGCCUGCGAUCUCAUUCGAUCUCUGUCACGCAACUUUGAGACUCAGAUCAGGGCCAAUGGAAGCUCAAAGAAGCUGCUAUUUUCCUUGUUGCCUCGUUGGGAACAAAAAAAGAAGACGGAAAGACAUGGCGUCACGGAAACUUCGUCUAUUCUGCCCGUCGUUCAAUUCUGGGAGCAGUAUAUUGAGAGUGACUUGGCUAGCGACAAGCCACAACUUGCAUCUGCGUGUCUGAAGUUCUUCUCCAGCUUCAGAAUAAUCAUUGGACGCGAUCGCGUGGGAAAAGCUCUCCCCGCUCUGUCAAAGCUUUUGACGCACAGCUCACCCGUCGUGGCAGCUUAUGCGGCGCACGCUGUUGAGCGAAUUAUGAUGACGAAGAUGCCAAAGACUAAAGAACCCUUGGUCACCAAAGCCCUCGUCCAGCCAGUUCAAAAUGACUUGCUCCUUCAACUUGGACAGAUUGUAUCGUCUUCUGAGAAUGAAUUCGCUGCCAAGGCACUUUGCAAGCUCCUCGCACUUCAGCGCGAGCUUCUCCUGUCUUCUGUUCCAGAUUUGGUGCAGAUGAUCCACGGGCGAAUAACCCAGCUCUGCGCCAAUCCAGCAAGGCCAAACUUCAACCACAAUGUCUUCGAGUGUCUUGCCCUUUGUAUUCGAAUUCUCUGCCAAGCGCAGCCUGAUGCCACGAAAAGCUUUGAAGACAGCCUCUUCCCACUCUUCUUUCAAGUCUUGGAAAAGGACGUCGGAGAAAUCGUCCCGUACGUGUUCCAAAUUAUGUCACUUCUUCUCCAGCAGCAAGGUGGUUGCCCCGAUACUUACCUAGAAUUGUACAAACCGCUUCUGUCUCCUCAGCUUUGGGAAGCAUCUGGAAAUGCCCAACCGCUGGUCACUCUUCUCUGUGUUAUUAUUGAGAGAUGUCCGUCCAAACCAGCUGAGAAUCUCAACCCAUUGCUUGGUGUUUUCCAAAAACUGAUUGCAUCACGAACAAAUGACGUCCAUGGAUUCGUCCUUUUGAAGGCAAUCGUUUGCUUCCUUCCAGAAAAAGUUGUCGCUGAGUACAUCAAAAGCGUUUUCAUCGUUCUCUUCGGUCGUCUACAAAGUAGCAAGACCGCCAAAUAUGCUUCCGCAUUUGUCGAGUUCCUCUCGUGCUACGCAGCUGCUCAUGGAACUGAAAAGCUUCGCGACAUUACAAACAGUAUCCAACCAGGAUGCUUUUCUAUGAUUUGCGAGAAGGUAGUCACCCAGCACAUCCGUAAAGUUCGAAAUCCUGUCGACCGAAAAAUGGCGGGCGUUUUUGCUGCGGAUAUUCUAACGAAAGGAAAUAUUGCUCCAGAUCUUUGGGGAGCUCUUUUGCAGGAAGUCAUCGCUCUUUUCGAGCUUCCAGUCGAAGAAGGAGACGAUGAAAUUGUCGAGCCGAUGAUGGAAGGAUACAGUAAUGCUACUGCUAUUCUGACAUACGCUGCUAAGGCGACCAUUGAUCCUUUGAAGGAGAACUGCCCAGAUCCAAAGGUUUACCUUGUCCAGACUCUUGACAAGCUCAACAAAGCCAACCCUGGACAGAUCACUCCGAUCUUCCAAAAACUCGACGCAGAAGCACAGGGACAUCUGAAGAACUACUUGGACUCGGCCGGCGUCACUCUUUAA